AUGGCUUCGAUUGAGGACGAUGAUGAUCGGGAUCUCGCAGGCUCGCAGGACGGAAGCUCAGAUAAUGAGGAUGAGACCCUUAGAGAUGCAGACGACGGGGACAACGACAACGAGCCUGAUGCCGACGCCGACGGAGACCAAGAUGCAGACAGCCCUUCCAACACCAGCCAUAUCUCUGAAGGCCCCGGGAUGGCCUCGCAACAAAACCCCGAUACAGACGUUCCUAUGACCUCUCCUGAAGCAGCCGCUCAUGCUGCGACCGACCCUUUAUCCGCUUUCCAUCCCAGUGUGCGCUCGGAAUGUCUAACGUGUUCCACCUACGAUAUCGUUCCUACCACUGCGGCACCACACAGUACCUCAAUCAAUGCGGUGACGGCGACGGCAGACAUGAGAUGGGUAUUCAGCGGAGGUUCUGAUGGAUAUGUGCGGAAAUUCAACUGGGUGGACUCAAUCAACAGCAAAUUGAUGCUGACGGUGGCGCAGAGGCAUCCGUUUGUCGACAGCGUGGUGAAAGCGGGCGUGGUGAUGACGUACUGGGAGAAUAUGGAUGCCAAUGCUCUGUCACCUGUCUACUCUUUGGCCAGCCACAGCGAGGGUCUCUGGCUGCUGUCCGGUUUAGAAUCAGGUGCUAUCCGUCUCCAAUCAGUGCGACAUGAAGAAGGCCGAGAAAUUGCAUCUCUUCAACAACAUACUUCUGCGGUAUCCGUUUUGAAUCUGACGUCCGACGAGAAGUCACUGCUUUCCGGGGGUUGGGACAAACGUGUGUUCGAUUGGGAUCUGAAUACCGGGCAAGCCAGGCGCACUUUUGGCCCCAGUGCUGGACAAAUCUCGGCGAUUGACAUCCGGCCAGAGUCUAGUCUGCCAGUGCCGAGAGAUACUACAGAUCGACAGCAAAUGAAUGGGACAUAUUCAUCAAAUUACCAGGCCAACACCGGUGCGAAUUUCAAUUUUGAAAAUGCCCCCAACGAGCAGGGCGAUUUCGACGAUGCGAACCCGCAGGCGGGCUCACCGGCAGAUUCGCUCUUUGGUGGAGCUGACUCGCUAUUUGGCGACGGGGAUAAUGGUGGUGGUAAUGGCAACAAUCCCUCGGGGAAUGCUUUUGGUAUGGAUAACGACGACGAUGAGUUUGGCAAGUUCGCUGGCAGCAUGCUCCCUGAUGCAGAUGCCCCUGGUGAACAAGAUCAUGAAAUCACCGGUCAGCAAAACGGCAUUGCAAAAGCACCGAAAGAUACCAGCAAUGAAAACACAGACACGAACAUGACAACACAACAACCAGAUUCACAUGGAGCAGAGCUUCCAAAUGGGACGCAACCUGAAGUCAACGGGCUACCCCACGCUGAGGAACUAGAGCCCCCUUCUCAAAGUCAGGAUUUCUCACGGCAAUCACCGCAGUCAGAGUCAAAUGCGGACAAUGUGUUCCUUUCUGCAUCCAUCGACGGUACUAUCCGAGUGUGGGAUAGACGACAACCCGACGCAAUUGCUCGUAUCACGUCUCGCAAUGCUCCGCCAUGGUGUAUGAAUGCUUGCUGGUCUCCAGACGGAAACUAUAUAUACGCCGGUCGACGGAACGGCACAGUCGAGGAAUUCAGCCUUCAUAAGGGUCUACAGGAAGCGGAGCGCGUCUUCAAGUUUCCUCAGGGUAGUGGACCAGUGACGGCUGUUAAGGCAAUGCCUAAUGGAAGGCACAUUGUUUGUGCAUCCCAUGAUAUCCUCCGACUCUAUGACCUAAAGCACGAACAGGUCACCCGUCACUCGACUGUACCCUUCCUUAUUAUCCCGGGUCACCGAACAGGAACAAUAUCCCAGCUGUACGUUGACCCAGCAUGUCGGUUUAUGAUCUCGACAAGUGGCAACCGAGGCUGGGAGGGCAACACUACUGAAGUGCUGUUAGGAUAUGAGAUUGGCGUUCCGCGGUAA